AUUGACGCCCUGAGUUUGUCCUGUCAGGCACACCGUCGCUGCAGAAAAACAACGCUUUAUUAUAAUUCGAAAACACAUUUUAAACUUUGCAUUGUUUGGUUAUAGUUGUUUUAGUUUUUACAGUUUGCUGUGUUGCAGAACCCUUGCAUUCUAUCUGUCAUGAGACAGCCCCAGCGUGUCCUGAAGGACGCGCCCCUGUUUAAAAUGAAGGCUGCGCUUCUAACUUCUCCCAGACAAUCAAGAGAUUAAAGACUGACGGAGUCCAAAACUGUGCCAGAUCAUGACUGAAGAAGCCAAUACUACYAAAGCGGAACCACAAGAGGGGACUCUGGCAAGGGAGAAAUGGGCCAACAACAUGGAGUUUAUUCUCUCUAUGGCAGGAGAAAUAAUUGGCCUGGGAAAUGUCUGGCGUUUUCCCUAUUUGUGCUACAAGAAUGGAGGAGGUGUCUUCCUCAUCCCCUACUGUGUGUUCCUCUUCUGCUGUGGUAUCCCUGUGUUUUUCCUGGAGACUGCAUUGGGCCAGUACACCAGUGAGGGCGGGGUAACCGCCUGGAGGAAGAUUUGCCCCAUGUUCGAGGGGGUGGGGAUCGCAUCCCAAGUGAUAGUGAUCUACUUAAACAUUUAUUACAUCAUAGUUUUGGCUUGGGCYAUUUUCUACCUAAUAAACUCCUUCAAAAGCCCUCUGCCGUGGUCGACAUGUGACAACUGGUGGAACACCGAAUUAUGUUUUGGUCGCAUUGGCCUUUAUGCCAACCCUGAGCUUUUUCAACCUGGAUCCAACUGGUCCUUCCUGCACAACAUCACCUCAGAUGACUACAUGACAAACUACAGUUACAUCAAUGAGACAUUACUGACAGCCAACUCACCUGAAGAGGAGUUUUGGAGGAAUCGAGUGCUAAGAAUGUCGGCUGACAUGUCUCUGGGUAAAGUGCACUGGGACUUGGCUCUGUGCCUGAUGUUUGCCUGGGUGAUWUGUUACUUUUGCAUCUGGAAGGGAAUUAAAACCACUGGAAAGGUGGUGUACUUCACCGCCACGUUCCCCUACGUAAUGCUCUUCAUCCUCUUCAUCCGUGGAGUGACGCUGCCUGGAGCUGCAGCCGGCCUGAAGUUUUACCUCAACCCAGACUUCAGCAAACUCGCCGACCCAGAUGUGUGGCGCGAUGCAGGGACUCAGGUGUUCUUUUCCUACGCCGUGUGUCAGGGAGUCCUCACAGCUCUGGGAAGCUACAACAAAUACAACAAUAACUGUUACAGGGAUUGUCUGGCUCUGUGCUGUCUGAACAGCGUCACCAGCAUCUUCGCUGGUUUCGCCGUCUUCUCGGUGCUCGGGUUCAUGGCUCACGACCUCAACAUUCCUGUGAGUGAAGUUUCUGCCAGUGGUCCUGGUCUGGCCUUCGUAGCCUACCCCAAAGCUUUGUCAUUGCUUCCCGGCUCGUCUUUCUGGGCUGUGCUAUUCUUCCUCAUGAUCCUCUUCCUGGGCCUCGACAGUCAGUUUGUGUGCGUGGAGAGCCUGGCCACAGCCCUCACAGACCUGUUUCCAAACCGUCUGAGGAGACCGGGUGCCAGGGAGAAGCUGGUCCUGGUCAUCGCUGUAGCUUGCUUCCUGCUGGGGCUGAUGUUUGUUACUGAAGGAGGGAUCCACAUCUUCGAGCUGGUUGACACCUUUGGUCCGAGUGGAACCAGCCUUCUUCUGAUUGCUUGUAUAGAGACCAUUAUAAUUGGCUGGCUUUACGGUGCGGACCGUUUCUAUGAUAACAUUGAGGACAUGAUUGGGUACAGACCACUGCCUCUGCUGAAGUACUGCUGGUUGUUUGUCACCCCGCUCAUCUGUGUGAUUACAAUGGUGUAUAACCUGACAAAAGAAAACCCUGUCAGUCAUGAUAGAUUGUCUGGAGCCUGGGCUACCAUGAUGGCUGUUAUCCUCAUCGCCACGCCCAUUUUAUGCAUCCCAGCAUUUGUUUUCUACUCAUUGUGGAAAAAUCCCAACAACUUGAUAACCCCGUCCCAAGACCUGCGCCAGGUUUCCCCCCACAGCCCCGUGCUCACGCUGGGCCACCUCGUCAUCUUUAAAGGACAGAGCCGACCGACGAGUAGGGCGGAUGAAACGAACGAGAAGUUGAUGAUGGAGGAACGGAACAGGGUUUGAUGUCAACUAUGAUUUACGUACAUUAAAAAAAAACAUUUUUCAUAUGUUUACAGAACUUCUUUAAAGACUAUUUUUCAUCAUUCCCYAUAAAAAUUCUGCAUUUUUU